CCGCCGCCGCCACCACCCGCAGCCUCGCCCACCCCCGACAAAGGUGGGUCUCCGGGCAAGAAGGUCGCCAAGACGUCCAGCCCCGGGGGGAAGAAGCCCCCGCCGACCCCCCAGCGCAACUCCAGCAUUAAGUCCGGGGGCUGCGCGGAGCACCCCGAGCCCAAGAGGCCCUCGGUCGAUGACCUGGUCAGCAAGUUCGCGCCACCGGUGGACUCCGGCUCUCCCAGCAAGGAGGCCCUGCCACCUCCUGCCGCACCCCCCAAACCUGGGAAACUCAAUCUCGCAGGAGUGAACCUGCCGGGAGUCCUCCAGGCGGGCUCCGUGUCGGCCAAGGCCUCGGCCCUGAGCGGGCGCGCCAAGGACUCGGUGGUGGAGUUCCCUUCGCCGCCCUCCGACUCCGACUUCCCACCGCCCCCUCCGGAAAUAGAGCUUCCUCCGCCCCCCAUAGAGAUCCCCGCGGUGUUCUCCAGUGGCACCUCGCCCAAAGUGGCCGUGGUUCAUCCUCAGCCACAGCCAUGGUCGAAAACAUCCGUGAAGAGGGCUCCUCCACCCACGCGGCCCAAGCGGAAUGACAGCACCCGCCUCACUCAAGCAGAGAUCUCUGAGCAGCCAGCAAUGGCUCCAGCUGCGCCACAAGUGCCCACCUCCCCCAAAUCCAGCCUUAGCGUCCAGCCCGGAUUCCUGGCCGACCUCAACAGGACACUGCAGCGCAAGUCCAUCACCCGGCACGGCUCGCUGUCGUCCUCCCGCGUGUCCAGAGCAGAACCCACGGCCACCAUGGAUGACAUGGCCCUGCCCCCGCCGCCCCCGGAACUGCUGUCUGACCACCAGAAGGCUGGCUACGGGGGCAGUCACAUAUCGGGCUAUGCAACGUUGCGGAGGGGGCCCCCACCUGCCCCCCCGAAAAGAGACCAGAACACCAAGCUCUCCAGAGACUGGUAGCCGCCAUAGGACUGGGUGUCCGCGGUCUGCGAAAUCGGUUCUACAAUCAGCUCGCCUGGGCGUCUGAGUUCAGGUGUUCAGAGCCUCCUGGUAUGUUAUUCAGGUAGUGUCCAGCUCUGUGUGUGUGCACAUUCCGUACAUGCGUGGCUAUAGUGUGUGUGUUCAUACCCGUGUGUGUAGGGAGGAAGCUGAAUGAGUAUUUAUUCCUUUUCUCUCCUACUCUAACCGACGUUUGUGUACUCUGGGUGGAAGAGGCGUGGAAGGACGUGUGUUGUGUCCCUUAUGAUUUUCAUGUGGAGUGGACCAAAAACUUCUAAUGACUUAUUAGCGAGUAUUUUGUGUGUGUGUGUCCAUGUGCAUGUUGUGUAGUGUGUAACUAAGGAAUCGAUGUAUACUGUGCUGGUUCUCAGUCUGAGAAACCACCCGGAGUGUUUGGUAUAUUUAUAGGGCUUUUGUUACUUGUUUUAUUUUCCCCCUAGUUGGCUGAAGUUAGAACUGCUUGACUGGUACCUUCAUUACUAUACAUACAUUAAGGGGCACUUUAAUCAGGAAAACCUCUCAGCCUCACAGAGCAGGUAAAUAGUGCAGGAUGGGGGAACGUUCGCCGUGCACACGUGUACGACCGUCCUCUGCUGCAGCGGCCCCCUCCGCCCGCCAGCCUGCAGUGCCCGGCCAUGUAGGCCUGUAACCCCGAGUUCCACUUCAGUACUAUCUUAUGAAGCUUCAUCAGCCUGGCUUCGUGAUCCUUCCUCUGCUUCAUUGUAAGAGAAUGUCAACACAAUACCCCUGUGACGCUGUCCCAGUCUGUCUUCGCGUCACCAGUCCUCAGCGUGUGCUUUAGACCAAUGUUAAGUAUCUGUAAACCGCUGGUCCCUGUAAUGUACACGUCCUGCCCAGCACGGUGCAGCAGUGCGAGGACGCAAAUCACCCUCUGAAACGCCUUCUGUCUUAUGUGUUGCUCUCCGGGAGUGAUGGGAAAAGAGAACGGUUCUGGGCCCGGUGCAGGUGGCAUUAACCGGGUUGUAUGUGGGUCACGUGUGAUACCAAGAAUUCGUUGCAGAUGGGACUGUUUCGGGAGGAAAGGAAAUGAGCUGACACGUUCAUCCGCAGCUCCUGGAGCUGUUGGCCCGUCACUGGGUGCAGCCUGGUUGGAGAGGUUUGUCCAGGCUGCCGGGUGCUCUGAUGGAAUAGCGUAGCCCAAGGACAGUGACAGCAGUUACAUACUGGGCAUGUGCAAGCCGGUCCUUGCUCUGACACACGUACUUCACAUGAUUCCCACUACUACAUGCGUUCUUCUGUGAACUUCCCUUGGUACAUGAGAGAAAUGUGUACUGCCCCAUCAAUUUACGGUAAGUUGUUUAGGGGAAAAUACCGUCUUAGAGCUGCUCGUCAACAGUCAGAGCUGGCCGUCUGAGCAGUUCUGAACGAGCAGCAUACCAGUGCCAGCAGCAGACAUCUUUUACACUGUUCCCAAGUGACAAGUGAUGCCAGUAAAGCAGGGCAGGGGUGGCCUGUGACAUACGUGCAAGUCGUGUGCACACAGGGAGUGGCUAUAGCCCUUUCUCCCAGAAAACCCUGUCAGCGAGCGCGAGGGCGGCACCUCCCGCGCCACAGCCGCAGGGCCUCAGCAGUUCCUCCGUAUCCUUGUGUACAUGCGCCACUGAGCGUCCUCUAAAGCCCUGCUCCUGUAGAUGUUAUGGACCUUGCAAAUCGCUCAGCUUCAGAUUUCAAAGUUCUGCUUUAUGAAGUGACCUUGAACCCAUCUGCGUUGCCCACUGAGCAAGCACAGCAGCUCGGGGAAUGCUGGUGAGUCCAGACUGCCAAGCUCCACUGACUGACUCACAGGUAAAGUGAUUUCCCAGUUUCCUGCCUGCAGCUAAGAAUUACUUAAGGGUCCUUCCUCGUUAGGAUCUCUGCACUGAGGGGUAAAGAAUUAUUCAUAUGAAUCCAGCUGUCCCAAGGGUUUGAUUUAGCUUUUUGUUUACAUGUGACACACACACACACACACAUUUACUUGAGGGGGAAAAAUAAUGUAUCCUCAGUCGUCUUUUAUUCCGGAUUUGAGCCCCCAAACCACCACCUCCCUCUCCAGCGUGGCACUUCCUGGAUUUCUUGUGUUCAUGCUGCAGACCGCUGUCCUGACCCAGUGCUUCUGUUGUCCUGAAAGAGCAAACGUCCUUUUGCGCACUAGGGAUGCCGAGAGCAGGGACUGUUUUGCCCCUAGUUCGGUGGCUUAUCUGAUAAUAUGCCACUUCAACUUCCCCCAAAGACAAAUUAACUUUAAAAAAAGUUUUAUGUGUGAAACUGACUUAAAAAUCUGCAGUGAUACUUCAUAUUUACUUGGUGUUUUACUUCCUAGUGGACUUUUUUACUUUGGAUUUUUGUUGGGAUGUAGACUUUCUCCUGAGGCAACUAUUUUUGUAGUCCUCCUUUCUCUCAGGCAUGUUCACGGAAAUCACCUCCUGCCCGAUGACACUAGUACUGUGCCUUUUCUCCCUGCUUCUACUCCGCAGCCCUGACCCAGCACCCAACGUGGCUUCUUCUGGUCAGAGGCAGUGCCUGGGCAGCUGACGUGGCUGCCGAAGUGCAGUGUGGAUGAACUCGCCCUGCCCCUGAACACAGUGCAGACAGGGGCCUGUUAGAGCUAGGAGCCUGCUGAGCUGGUGACACCCUGAACUUCCACAGCAGAUCAUUUCACACGUGGAUCACUGUAUGCUUCAAUUCUGGCACCAAUUCUGACGGGCAGCAGAACCCAUUUUUAGUUAAUAACUUCCGGUUCAUAGGUAAUAAUAAUAGACCAGACUAUUCUCUAUUGAAUUUUACCAGCUUGGCUUUUACUACACAAAACAAACUUAAAUAUCCUUCUUUUUCUGUAGCUGCUUUAAUUCUCACUUGGGAAAAGUAACUAUUCUUAAGGUUUUACAGAAACCUUAAUAGAUCAUACUUUUAAAAUGUGGAGGACUUUUAAAAUGAGAAAAGUUGCUAAAUCUUAAGUUCCAAACACAAUUUUCAAAAAAUGUCAAAGUAAUAUAGACACAAUAGAGUCUCACAGGCCUCUAAAAUCAAGGUGCUCCCACCUACCAACAUCAUCCUGCAAAGGGCUGUGACCAAUCCUGGUUCCCUCUCUCUGUUUACUUGUCACUGAAAACAGUGCUGAGUUUCUCAAAGUCCAAAACGGGGGAAGACAGAAAUUCCAACAGUGACAGCACUGAGCCCAAGGUUCUGGAAGCUACGCUCCAGUGGUCUCAGAAGCUGCUGUUGUGGGGAGCUAACUGCCAACAUGCUCCUGUCCCAGAUGUGAGGCCGUGAAUUGGCCUGGGAACUCUGGGAGGUGGUAGUGUGGGCUGGCCUGACUUGACUCUCAGGUCACCAACAAAACCUUUUGUCACCUUUAUUUCUCGGCUACAAGCAACUUUAUGUUGCAAACACUAGGUGAUUUUUGACCAAGUAACAAACUGGUUCCUAUUUUUCAUAUGAACCAAACGUUUUCAUGUACUUUGAAGAGCUAAGAAAUUAUAAUUAAUCCAAAAGACCCUGUGUGAUUAUUGGUUUGACAGUGUGUUGCAGUGACGUAGGUGUAACCUGGGUUUAUAUACUUGAGAAUGUAACUAUUUCUAAAGAACCCUUCAGACUGCAAGUCCUUAUGGCACUUCAAUUUUUGUUUAAAGCAGGGUAUCCUUAACCCUGUAGGAACAUAGAACCUCUCAAAACGUUAUUUGAUCCAAAGAGAAAUGCAAAUAGAAUAUCUCUCUCUUCUCAGAUUUUCCUUUUAAAAUUCAGUGAAACAUUUCUGCAUGUUUACAAGUCUGUCCCUCGAACAAAACAAGUGCCCCGUUCUUCUUGUGCCCUUGGAAAGUCUAUAUGGAAAUCUGAAAUUUAGUUGUAGAAUAAACUUGCUAAAUAAGAAUACGCAAAACAUACUUGAUAACACUCAAAGGGAGAAACAUUCUCUCCAACUCGUUAGCUCUUUGCUUGUUGAAGUAAUAAACCAUUUAGGAAACAGUACUUGCUGUAACCCCAGUGCCUUGAACUCUUUUGGAGGAAUAGCAUUAAAAACAAAAACCCAACAAGCAAACUCUGAGGUGCUAAUGAAGGUGAAGGAAAGUAUAGGAAGGCAUUUCUGGUUUUGGAAGAAAUGGAAAAAAAGUGGCUGUCUCCCAAGAGAUGGCUUCAUCUACCUGAACGGGGUCCAGCUGCUUUCUACCAAAGACAUUUAGAAAAGUAAGUCAAGUCAGGGUGAUGGCGAACACUACAUACUUACAAGAUGGCCAGCUUCAGAAGUGGCUGCGUUGAUCACGGAUGGGUAUCAGUGUCAAGCUCAUGACUGUUGGAGCCUCAGCCUCUUCAGUAGUAAAAGGUCUGCGCACUUAACCGGGGGAACACUCUUACGUUUUGGAAAUUGUUCAUUGUUCGUUAAGUUUGUGUUAGUAACCUAAUACCAAAAACUGCCAUUUUUCAUGAUUCCCCACCUAAAUUUUUCUCUCUCCUUGUAAAUAAUCCCUCCUAGGAAAUAAGCAUUAACUGGAAUGUUUCAAAUGAUUUUGCUUCAUUUUAUCAGCCACUAGUGAACUGUUCUUACAAGAUGUACAAGAUGUAUUUAAGAUAAAAUAUCAUUAGCUUGUGCUAAGUGUUGUAAAAACAUUGUUUAUUGUUUUAAAGGAAAAUUGCACAGUAUACUUAACUGGGAUGGCUCCUUCCCCCUCCUUCCCCAAUUCUUUAAAAAAACAGGAGUCAAGGCUCACACUGACUUCUGGGCUGGGGGAGCUUUGCCAUAAAUAAAUAGAUACAAUGUAGAAAUAUACUUUUUUAAAGCAUGAAAAAGAUGAACUGCAUUAUAAAGUACGGGAUAGAGACAUUAUACAGAGGAUUAUGCACAGCUCGGUGAAGAUGAAGUUACAGUUCUUUCUUUCAGCUUUGUUGCUACUAUUUUCUUCUACAUAAAUGUACGCUCCCAUUUCAUUAUGUGCCUUGCUCCUGAUUGUGCAAAGCUAUAUGUAGAGAGAUAUAUAUGAGAGAGAUAUAUUCAGUACUACUGACGAUGUUUUUGUUCUACUGCCGGAUUAAGUUAUUUUCCAAAUUACUCUCGCCAGUUACUGUCAGUAAACUACUGUGAUGGCUUAGGACAGUAGUCGUGCGGUCAGUGUAAAUUUGUUUUCCAGUUACAUGUUUUCAUUUUGUCAGAUUACCCAAUCCUCAAUAAAAGCAAAAACACAUAAAUAUUUAAA